CACGAACGUCCCGCCAGUGCACGCGCACGCUCUUUGACGCUCAGUGACGUCAGCUGUACGCGCCACAUUCGAUCCUCGGUUUCUCUCGCGCUGCUGUGUUUAUGUUUGUUUGGAACAGUAAAACUCGUGUGUGUUUCGGUUGUGAUCGUUAAUGAACACGCGGAGCUUCAGCGCGUUUGAUGAAGUCGCGAUAUGUUCGAUUGGACUCAGUCUGACAGGAUUCAGCGCGGUUGUUUACGAUGAUGAUGAUGAUGAGGUGAUUGUAUAAUGAGCGCCAAUCAGAGGACUUUAUUCCAGUCAUGGGGCUGCAGCAGCAAAACCAGCUCAAACCCCAGAGACCAGAGCAAAACCAGCUCAAAACCGUCGGAGCGCAGAGACAGCAGGAGCGUGUGGGGUGACACAACAACAACAACAACAACAACAGCAGCUCCUGAUGAAGAUGAGGAUGAUGAUGUGAUGCUGGUGGCCGUCUACGAGGCCGAGCGCUCGCUUCAGGCCCCUCCUGAGCCGGGGUUCGACCCCUCCGCGGGCCGGGUCUGGAUCUACCCCACCAACUACCCCAUCAGAGACUACCAGCUGCGGAUCUCGGAGGCGGCUCUGCUGCGCAACACGCUGGUCUGCCUCCCCACCGGCCUGGGCAAGACCUUCAUCGCCUCCGUGCUCAUGUACAACUACUACCGCUGGUUCCCCGCCGGCAAGAUCGUCUUCAUGGCCCCCACCAAGCCGCUGGUGGCGCAGCAGAUCCAGGCCUGCUACGGGGUCAUGGGCAUCCCGCAGGAACACAUGGCCGAGCUCACAGGCUCGACGGCGGCGCAGCAGCGGCGGGAGCUCUGGAGAUCCAAGCGCGUGUUCUUCUUGACUCCUCAGGUGAUGGUGAACGAUCUGACCCGUAACACCUGUCCGGCCGCACACGUCAAGUGUGUAGUGAUCGACGAGGCCCACAAGGCCACCGGGAACCACGCGUACUGUCAGGUGAUUCGUGAACUGAGCAACCAAACGCAGCAGUUCCGCGUUCUAGCGCUCAGCGCCACACCUGGAGGAGACGUCAAGGCGGUGCAGCAGGUGAUCUCUAACCUGUUGAUCUCUCACAUCGAGCUGCGAUCCGAGGACAGUCCAGACGUCCAGACACACGUCCAUCAGCGCAGUCUGGAGAAGAUCGUGGUCCCACCGGGAGAGACGCUCACUCAGUAUCAGACGCGAUACCUGCAGGUUUUGGAGAAGUUUACGUCCCGUCUGACCCAGAUGAGGCUGUUGAAUCAGCGUGACCUCCGCUCCUUCACCAAAUACCAGAUCAUUCUGGCCCGGGAACAGUUCAGACGCAACCCACCGCCGCACAUCCAGCAGGGGCCGCAGCAGGGUGCGAUCGAGGGCGAUUUCGCCAUCUGCAUCAGUCUGUAUCACGGCUACGAGUUACUGCAGCAGAUGGGCGUCAGAUCCCUCUUCCUCUUCAUUCAGAACAUCUUCUCUGGACCCAAAGAGUCGAGUCGAAUGAGGAACGAGCUCCAGAGGAGUCCAGUCUUCAUGGAUCUCUACAGGGAAAUGGAGAGCAUGUUCGCCACAGCUAGCCGAGGGCCUGGAGAGCCGUACGUCUACAGUCACCCCAAACUACAGAAGCUGGACGAGGUGGUGCUGCAGCACUUUCAGACGUGGAGCGAGAGCUCAGACUCAAAGGCGUCCGCUGAGGUGAGCACACGCGUCAUGAUCUUCUCGUCCUUCCGCGAGAGCGUGCAGGAGAUCGCUGAGAUGCUGAACCGCCAUCAGCCGCUGGUGAGGGUCAUGACCUUCAUGGGUCAAGCGUCGGCUGGGAAAGGGGUUCGAGGAUUCACACAGAAAGAACAGCUGGAGGUGGUGCGUCGCUUCCGUGACGGCGGAUUCAACACGCUGGUGUCCACGUGUGUCGGCGAGGAGGGUCUCGACAUCGGCGAGGUGGAUCUCAUCGUGUGUUUCGACGCUCAGAAGAGUCCCAUCCGUCUGGUCCAGCGUAUGGGCCGCACGGGACGCCGGCGUCAGGGACGAAUCGUCGUCAUUCUGGCCGAGGGACGCGAGGAACGAACGUAUAACCAGAGCCAGAGCAACCGGCGCAGCAUCAACAAGAGCAUCAUGGGAAACAAGCACAGUUUCCAUAUGUUUGCUCACAGUCCGCGGAUGCUGCCCGCGGGCGUCACGCCGACGCUGCACAAGAUGCACAUCAGCUGCGGUCAGUUCGAGCACAGAGACGCCGGCCGCAGAUCCGUGAAGGGCCGUCGAUCGUCGCUCAAUCUGCAGAUCACCGGAGGUGAGCAGAAGUGCGUGAAGGACGACGGGUUUCUGACGGCAGCUGAAGAGGCCGCGUGGACGUCCAGCAUGAGACUGUCUUCAGAUGAACCUCAGCCCGUCUUAAGACCCUCAACGCUGCUGACCUUCAGUGACGAGCCGUCAGAGCAGGGUCCGUGUGUGUCGGGGCCCGUCCGAGAGCUGUCCCUAUGGGAGUGGAGGCACUGGCAGAACAGGCCGCUCCACACUCACAGCGUGGGACAUUCGGAGCGAUGCCUCCAUUUCACCUCCAUCAUGGAGCUGAUCGACCGGAUGAGACAGGAGGAGCAGAAUGACUGUAGUUUUGAGUCUGAGCUCAUGCUGCAUCUACAGAAGGAGGAUGUUGAUGGUGGAAGAACAACAAAACAAAACGCUGACAAAAUCACUAGAGAGAAAAGAACGAAAUCAAACACGGCUGAUCGUGAGACAAGACUCACACAUGCUGAUCCCUGCUUAGAUAUGACCCGUGAAGAUCUGAGACGAGAGAACAACAGCAGAUCUGUGAUGUUGAUUCCACACGCCACAGAAGAGGCUUUAAAUCAGAGCGCAGAGACUGAGGUGGAUCUGAUUGAUCUGUUAGAAGAUCCCUGCGUUCAGGAGGACGAGAGCGAGGAUCUUCAGCACAUGUUCUAUGAGCCUGAACAUCAGAACGUCAGUCCUAAACGCUGCCGUCACGAUCCGACGAACAAAGCAUUUCAGACGAUCCUGGCUAAUGUCAGAGCUCUCCUGUCCAGAUCUCCACCGCAGGACUCUGAGUUCAACACAAACCUCCACGAUCCACCUAAAGAGUCGUUUCACGAUCAGUUUCAUGUGACGUUCAGCCUGAUCGCUGACGAGCCGUCGAUUAACGAAGAUCCUGAGGACCAUCCUGUGGAUCAGAAACCAGCAGGAGGCGCUGUUUCUCCAGACUGGGACGAGCUGUUUGACGACGACCAGAAUGAUGUUGACGCUGAUGGCAAAGCUGAAGAGCAAAAAGAAGACCAGGUGAGCUUGAACGAGAGCGUCGACCUGUUCGAAGAUGACGACGCGUUCCUCCAGAUGAGCGUUCCUGACGUUCAGACGCCGGACAGGAGCACAGGACCUGAUGGAAACCCUCCGGAGCACAAGCAGCAGACUCCUGCGGACGGAAGCAGAGAAUCUGAGGAGAACUUCAACUGCUCGCAGGACUUCUUCUCUGUCAACUUUGAGCUGGGCUUUGAGUCUGAGGAAGAGGAAACGACUGAUCCAGGAGCAGCAUCAGCUGUGAAAGCGUCUCCGGUCGUCUCGACUCCACAGCCUCGUCCGGUCGGAGGAAACUCGACGCUCACGAGAUCUGAGCAGUCGCCGCUGGUCUCGAAUCAGUGGACGAGACCCAGCGCUUCCACACCAAACCACGUGUUCCUGUCUCCGUUGGGCCGAAGAGCAGAUGAGACGCGCUCACGUCCGUCAGUGAACAGAUCCUUACAGAAGACGCUGUUUGAGAGAGGAAAGACGCUUCAGGAGCAGCGGCCCUCAUGCGCAGGCGUUUUGAGCAGCGAAAGUGAAGACGAGACGCCUCUGAGGACUCAUAAAGUCAAUCCGGUGUUUUCUCCAGAGCAGUCAAAGAUCAGCAGUGAUGUGGAUUCUCCUGUUCAAGCCCGACGGAAACGUGCGGCUGCGUUAAACACGUCUGAGGACAGCGAUGGAGUUGGAGAUCAGCUGUCAGAUGAUGAUUUUCAGGACGUCUCCCUUCAUCAGCCCAGAGCCGUGGAGCCGCGUCACGUCAGGAAGCCUCAUAAGGUCCGUCGUGAAGGACGGCAGUUUCUGGAUGAGGAGGCCGAGCUCUCUGAAGAUGAUGAUGUUUCGUCAGAUGAAGAUGAUGGAGAAGAACAGAAUCACUCGCUGCAGGGGUUCGUGGUGAAUGCGACUCAAUGCUCACAGGGUCUGAACGACUCUGAGAUGCGGGCGUUCUAUCUGAAGUCAGUGAGGAGUCCAGCGGUGCAGAAUCGGGUCCGAAUGACGUAUAAACCCAAACAUAGCAUGAAUAUCUUCUCACAGGUCCCAGAACAGGACGAGACGUACGGCGAGGACAGCUUUGUGGUUGACGAGAGUGAGGAUGAGGAGGAUGAGAGUGACGGCGAGGAAGAGCCUGUGGCGGUGAUCCACGAAGACUCGUACGUCGACGGGAGGAAGCAGUACGCCACGCGCCGCAGAGUCCAGAUCCGACAGAUCCGAGCUAACGCUGCCGGAGGAAUCCAGUCAGAGAGGAACGGGAAGAACAAACGCUCGCGGAUCAUCCGGCUCCAGGACUCCAGUGAGGAGGAGGAGGAGGAGGAAGAGAAGGAGCAGACGGACUCUGUGUUUAAAGUGCCGCAGCGUCUCCAGAACGUCUCCAGACCGACGGAGCGGGACGACAGGAAGCGGCAGAGACUCAGCGAUCAGGCGGCGCUGUCGGAAGAGCUGGACUUCCAUCCGGAGAAACUGGUGACUGCAGUGACUGCGCAGAUGCAGAUCCCACUGCCUGCAGACGCUGCUCUGAGAGUGCUCGUGGACAGCCGCUGCAUCAGCGGGGGGUCAGAGGUCGUGUCCUGUCUGCGUCUGCGACAUGGCCUGCAGGUUCACGUCUGCUCUCUGAUCAGCUCAGACUUCAUCGUGAGCAACCGCAUGGCCGUGGAGCGGCAGAGCGAGUCGGAGGUCGCCAGCGCCCAGAACCGCAAACGGCUGCAGGAGAGAAUCCAGCGGCUGCAGGCGACGUACGAGCGCGUGUGUCUGAUCAUCGAGAAGGACCGCAGCAAACCCGGUGAGACGGUGAGGCUGUUUCAGCGCAGCCGCUAUUACGACGGGACGCUGGCGGCGCUGGUGAAGGCGGGCGUUCGGCUGCUGGUCAGCAAAGGUCCAGACGACACGGCCGCCAUACUGUCUGAACUCGCACAGGUGGAGCGGAGGAAAGGUCAGGCGAUCGGCGUGCCCCUAGAGGUCAAAGGUCACCGGCAGCAGGCUCUCCAGUUCUACCUGACGCUGCCGCACGUGAGCUACGUCAGCGCGCUGAACAUGUGCCACAGCUUCAGCUCCGUCAGUCACAUGAUCAACAGUUCGGUGGAGGAGCUGCAGGCGUCUGCGCGCGUGAGUCGCUCCAGAGCCGAGGACGUUUACCGCUGCCUGCGCUACAGCUGCGAAUCAGCGCUCAUGACAAACCAACUCUAACUUACACUCAGCACUUUAACGCUUUAUGAAAUGUGGAUUUAAUUUUAUGAAUAAUCAGGAUUAUAUCAUCCCUUUAAGUGAUGUCAAUGUUUUCCGUUUAGGAAAGUUCUGCGCAUCAGAUUAUGAAUGUUGCCGUUACGGCAAUUCUGUCGUGAAGUAUUUAUGUUUACAGGUCAAACAGUUUCUGUGUGAGCAGAGACCAUUUAGAGAAAUAAAAAUGCUCUGUGUUUUAAUAA